CCGGUGUCGCUCCCGGUGCCGGUGUCGCUGCCCGGCCGUGGUUCCCGGUGUCGCUCCCGGUGCCGCCGCCGAGGGGCGCUGGCGGCCGCCGCGGGGUCACGUGACCGCAAUGGCGCAGCGGUUCUGGGUGCUGAGGUGCUGCUGCUGCCGCCGCUUCCAGGGGCAGCAGGCCAAGCGCGGCGGGCGGUGGAGCUGCAGCGUGUGCGGCCAGCGGCAGGCCGUGCAGAAGGUUUAUGGGCAGGGCUCGGGCCUGGAGUGCAGGCGCCACGUCCAGAAGCUGAACUUGCUGCAGGGUGAAGCAGAGGAGGCGCUUGGUUGGACAUCUUGGUGUGUAGAAGACACUGUAAAUGACAGCAAAAAUAGAGCAGCACAGCAAGAGGACAGUUCAGUCCAGCAGGAGGGAAGGACAGAAGGCAGUCGCUGGAGUAAGUAUCUGGACCAAGAGAGUGAGGAUCAAGAAGAUGAGGAGGAGGCAGCUCUGGAAAGGCAACAGUUCUGUUCCCAGAGAAAGAACACUGUGGGAGAACAAAGGAAACACCAGAAGCACUUCCUCUCCAGUGAUGUUCCAGAGCAUGCAGAAGGAAGUGGAGUUUCUCAGCUUGUCUAUCAAGCCAAAAAAGUUAAAACCACUGAGUGCAAGAAAUGCUUUGUAGCAGUGCCUGCUGGACAUGAUGGAGAUGCUGAUUCUGGAGGCACUGUGGUUCCUGCUGUCUGUGAGAGUGUAGUGCCUGAGAAUACACAGCCCCCAACUGCUUGUACCAAACCAUCCAAGUGGGGAAAAUUUCUCUCAUUAUCUGACAGCUCUAGUGAAAAUGCUGCUGCGGUGACCAUGGGACUGCAGGAGGGCAGUGGUGGUGUGGGGCUGGACAGCACAGCUGCUGGUGAGGCCUGGAGGUGCUCAGGACAGGCUGGAAGAACUCUGCCUCAGGGUACAGGUUUUGAGUUUAAAAAGUGUGUUGCUAGCACUGAGGAUCUGGCCUCAAGCCAGGCCAGCAGCAGGUGCGCAGUUGAGGAUGUGCUCAGAGAAACCCACAACCCAGUGCUAAGGGUGGGAUCUGCUGCAGAGACCGCUGCAGGAAGGGGCUGCUUGGAUACCACAGGGAGGGGAAACAGCCUUGUUAACUCUUGCCCUAGACCAAAGCUGAGCAACAUUUCUUGUGAGCAACUCUUCUGCACAGGUGAGGAGUUUGAUGAUGAUCUCUGAAGUUCAGGCAUCGCUGGCAUGUCGUUCUUGGCUCUAAUGCAUUUGAGAUGGUUUUCACUGAGACAGUUUUGAACUAAAGGUGGUUUCACUCAAAGCCAUAGAGAACUGCACUAUUAAAGUUGUUUACUUGCUUGUUGGUUGUUUGGGGGGAAGGAGGGAGAAGAGACUGUUGCUCUCAGGUUACAGGGUUGUCUAGCAACCUCAGCAGCUAGAAAUAGGAAUGGAAUUAGGUCAGCCUGGGGAGAGAAAGCUCCCAGGCUUUAAGGAUUCCUGGCCUGUACAAUUAAAUUCUGUGAUUAACUCCUCCUUACAAA